AUGGUUAUCGUGGCAGCACACCCGCCCGUCAAACUAGAUUGCCCGGGCUCCGGUGUGUACAAGAAACAGCCCAUGGACCCUCAACAACCAUUUCAGGGUUGCGACAUCAUGCCGCUGAACAGCUUGCAGCCUCGAGGACAAGUGGUAUCUCCUCUCGCCUAG